AUGGAACAUUUCUGGGCUCGAUUAAACGAUUUACCUGAUGAGAUAAUUAUGAUUAUUUUGAAAAAAUUAUACAAUGUCGAAGUGCUCUACUAUUUCAUAGGUGUUAAUAAACGACUCAAUACAAUUGCACAUGAUUCAAUUUUUUCAAGUUGUUUGAACUUAUAUCAAUAUUUUUCGGAUGAUGAUUACGUCUGUCCAUUACCAGAUCCAAUGCUUGAUCGAUUUUGUUCACAAAUUUUACCUUCAAUUCAUCAUAAAAUCCAAUGGCUUAAUCUUGAAUCAUCGUCUAUGAAACGUAUUCUUUCUGCUACAAAUUAUCCAAAUUUAUAUGGACUUGGUCUAUAUGAUAUUAAUGUAGAAGUAGCUCCAUCGCUCUUUACUGCUACAACAAUCAAUAAUAAGGAAAAAUUAUCUCGUUUAAAAUGUUUUUCGCUUCAUUGUGAUAGCACUACAAAUAGUUAUGAAAGAUCAAUUCUACCACUUCUAUAUCGAAUGAUCAGUUUAGAAAAACUUGAUUUACAUCUUAUGAUCGAAUGUAAUCAAGAAUUUGUUGAUAGUAAUGAUUUGAAGAAAAAUAUUAUCAAUCGAAUACCAGGAUUAAAAAAUUUUGUAUUUAACAUACGUUCAAGAAAAUAUUUUCGUAAUGAAAUUCGUUUACCAUUAAAUGAAGAUAUUCAACACACAUUCAAUAGUCUUCAAAAUAAUAAAAUUAUUUCUUAUGUUAAUUAUUUUCCUGAGGCAGGAUACAGUGAAUAUCACAUUUAUUCAUAUCCAUAUAAAUUAAAAUUUUAUAGAAAUAUUACAAAUAAUUUUCCAGGUGGAUUAUUUAAAUAUGUUACUGAAGUGUCACUAUUUGAUGAACAACCUUUUGAACAUGAAUUCUUUCUUCAAAUUCAAAAAUCAUUUCCAUUUAUGAAAGAAUUAACUGUAAUUAAUCAAAAACCACAAAACAAAAAACAAUGUGAAAAUUUCAAAAAUUAUGAUCAAACUUUAUCAAUUAUUAAAUAUCCUCAUCUUAUUCUACUUAAUCUAGAUUGUGUUCAUGAUGAUUAUAUUGAACAAUUUUUGUUUGAUACGAAAAUGUCUUUGUCGAAUACUCUUUAUCUUAUUAUUGAUUAUCAAUCACUGGCAAGAGUGACACACAAUUUUCAAAGAAAUAUAACACGAAUCAAUUGUGCAAAGUUGCGUUAUUUACGUCUACAUGGCGAAUAUACGAUUCUUAAACAUGUAAAAGACUAUUUUCCUUACACAGAUAUAUGCUAA